CUGAGCACGACAGAGCACGCAUUAAAGUCGCAGGACCGGUUUAAAUUACAUAGCCACCAUGUCAAAUAAUCCGCACGAUCGACACCAACAAACCGUCCUCCAGAUGAUCGACGACUAUAGCAGGAUCACGCAGCAAUUCAAUGCAUUUGAACAGGCAUUUCACAGGAUUCAGGGGGAGUUCAAUAGAUUCAACCAGCAGUUCAACGGGCAAAUCAUAAGUCUAUUAUCAUCGUAUCAAUAUAGGACACCGAGUCAGGAACAACCCGCAAUCGAAACCAUCGAACAGCCGCACAUCAUCAAGCACGAAGUCCAGAGUAGCGACACACAAGGACAGACGAAACCCGAGACACAAAGACCCGAUGGUCGCUCGAUAUCAGAGGCAGAGCAGCCAUACAACAAUGAAUCCGAAGUUCAUACUAGCGACACACAAAGCCAUACGCCAUCCGAUGCAGAAAGCACCGAUUAUAGCUCGAUAUCAGAGUCACAAAGCAUCGAUUACAGCUCGAUAUCAAGAUCAGAAAGCGUUCCUCUCGACACCGAAACUGAGAAUGAACACGACGCAGACAUCAGCUCAUACAAAAAGGAAUAUAUAUUCUGCGUAAGCUGUAUCAAGAAAUGGAGGAAUCUGCACAGGGCAGGAGUAGAGAACGAGAAACUACCCGACUGCAAAUGGGGGGGAGGAAUAGGAGCCCAAAAGAAAUGCGAAUAUUGUAACCACAAGAAAGUGCCAUGCGAUAUACCACUGAAGAACGUCGACGACGACGAAGGGAAGAAUCUAGAGAUACAGCCCCAGUUAAACGACGGAGAACAGAACAACCGAGCAGUACAAGCAACACCCGUCAAACAAACACAUCAGCAACAACCACGGGAUCCACUGCAGCGCCAGGUACAUAUCACAAAGGAAAGCAGCGAAGGCUAG